UUCUCUGUACUUGCCAUGACUCUCGCCAGGAGGAAGGCUGCCGCGUUCCCUGAGGAUUCCAGAGACCCAAGCAUGCUUGCAGUGGUCCAGAAAAAGAAAAGUUUUGAUGAGAUAUUUUUCGAUUACUUCAAGGAAAAUAAAACAGAGAUAGCUCAUGCAAUCCCCAAGCUGUUUCCUUUCCUAGAAAGCCUCAAGGACCGCUCCUUCAUCACGGACAAAAUCUAUGCUGAUUCUUAUGAAGCCUGUAGGAACUCGGUUCCUGUAGAGAACGUGGUGUACAAAAUUCUGGAUAACUUGGAGAAGUUAUUUGACUGGUCAUUUCUAUGCACUCUGUUCAACAGAACGAACCUGAAAGCUUAUCCUGGUUUAAGAGAAAUUCAUAAAAACUUGGAAGCUGAGCUAGAGGACAAAUAUUUAUCCCAGAGAAGUAAGCAAGACCAGAAACUUGCCACUGUGCAUCCACGCUGAGAGCAAGGAGCUGGGGACAGCUGCUCUCAAGGAAGUCUGACCUGGUCACCCUCAGAUCCCGCCUCAUCUGAUGGGGCCAUCCGACCUGGAAAUGGAAAACGAUCGUCAGAGUCUACAGAGUCUUCGUGGAAUGUGAAGUCAAAGAACGCAGAUACGGUCCAUUCGAUUCUUCAUCCGCAUGAGUCUCAUCGAACCAACUGUGAACAUACGCAAGCAGGGACAAACCUACAUACACGUGAAAAUUGGAUGCAACCUUGUUUUGUGAAACAAGAAAGCUUACAGAAUCUAGGGACAAUGCAGAACCAAGAGGAUGACGUCAUUGUGAUCAGCAGUGAUGAGGAAGAUGAGAGCGAACUCCUGGAACUCUUCACCUUGACACCGAGACGCAGGCAUCAGGUGGAUGAGGAGGGUGAGGACCAUGUACCCUGGGCUCCAGAAUGCAGAGGUUCCCUUAGGAGAUCACGUCUCCUGUUUCCUGACUCUCCAUUCUUGGGGGACAUCGAAGAGCCCAGCCGCCCAUUCUCUACACCU